AUGCCGCAGCACACGCCACGAGGAGAUCCGCUCGAAAACUAUGGGCGAGAGAACCGCGCGGCACCAAAACCUGGUCAACCACAAAUCCACGACUUUGCCAGGACCGUCUACGAUGACGAAGUAACUGCGCUUGAUCAAAAGGUUUUAUCAGUUCCUGGGGUGGCCCUUCAACAUGUAGAUCCAACACGACUUACACCUCCAGAAUCAGGUGGUAGCGGCAGCGGCAACAGCACUGACUCAGGUCAAAAAAUCUUGACACCAGAAGAGAAGGACCAGUGUCCGUUCGGCGAUACUCGCUGGCCUCCGCCUAACGUGUCGAUAUCCAAGCCCUUACAUCUCUUGAGUGAAAAAGGUGAGAAGCCGAUAUAUUAUCACCUGGUAUACGAAAACAGCUCCCCUCAGGCGGAUUUCUGGAAAGGACCUUUGAAGGCUCAAGCUACCGCUGCUUAUGCAGAAAAGGGGCUAGCCUUGUCUAUAUCAAAAGAAGGAAAAAGUAAGAAAGAGAUGAAAGCUGCAAAACAGAAAGCGCUUGAGGAAGAAGCCCCGGAAGCGAAGAUGGAAAUCUUACAGGCUAGGAAUACGAAGAUGCUGAAGGAACUAAGCAGCGGACCAAGGGGAACGAUCUGGCAGCUUGACGAAGGACAUCUACAUAUCUGGAGAUGCAUCGAGGUAGUUCAGAAGGUGACAGGAACGAGGCAUCGAACAUCUGCGACCACUCUUCUCCGCAUCCUCCUCUACAUCAAUCCUAUUCCUGGUUAUCUUGCAUUAAGCUGGAGUCUAGGAGCAACAUCUGAGCUUCCUUUCCUCUACCCACACAUCCCCAAUUCCCUCACAAUGCAAAGAGCUUUCGCAUCGCGGGCGCGGACUUCGGCCCUCAACUCAAGCUCGAAGCUCCGAUCCACCAGCUACAACCUCCAGCAACAGAGGUUUGCGCACAAGGAAUUGAAGUUCGGCGUCGAGGCACGAGCGGGACUACUGAAGGGUGUCGACACACUUGCAAAGGCUGUAUCAACAACACUCGGUCCCAAGGGUCGCAAUGUAUUGAUUGAGUCGAGCUACGGCUCGCCCAAGAUUACUAAGGAUGGUGUAACUGUCGCAAAGGCCAUUUCCCUCCAGGACAAGUUCGAGAACCUCGGAGCCCGCCUGCUCCAGGAUGUCGCCUCCAAGACCAACGAGGCUGCUGGUGACGGUACCACCACUGCCACAGUCCUCGCCCGCGCUAUCUUCUCCGAGACUGUCAAGAACGUCGCUGCCGGAUGCAACCCCAUGGACCUGAGGAGGGGAACCCAGGCUGCUGUUGAGGCCGUCGUCGAAUACUUGAAGGCGAACAAGAGGGACAUCACCACCAGCGAGGAGAUCGCACAGGUCGCCACCAUCUCUGCCAAUGGCGACACGCACAUUGGCAAGCUUUUGUCCAACGCCAUGGAGAAGGUCGGAAAGGAGGGUGUCAUCACCGUCAAGGAGGGAAAGACCACCGAGGAUGAGCUUGAGGUUACCGAGGGUAUGAAGUUUGACCGUGGUUACAUCUCCCCCUACUUCAUCACCGACACCAAGACCGCCAAGGUCGAGUUCGAGAAGCCCCUCAUUCUUCUCUCUGAGAAGAAGAUCUCCGCCGUCCAGGACAUUGUCCCCGCUCUCGAGGCCUCCCAGCAGCUCCGCCGUCCUCUCGUCAUUAUUGCUGAGGACAUUGACGGUGAGGCUCUUGCCGUCUGCAUUCUCAACAAGCUCCGUGGCCAGCUCCAGGUUGCCGCUGUCAAGGCUCCCGGCUUCGGUGACAACCGCAAGUCCAUCCUUGGCGAUCUCGCUGUCCUGACCAACGGUACCGUCUUCAGCGAUGACCUUGACAUCAAGCUUGAGAAGGCCACCCCCGACAUGCUCGGUUCUACCGGAUCCAUCACCAUCACCAAGGAAGACACCGUCAUCCUUAACGGUGAGGGAAGCAAGGACCAGGUCUCCCAGCGCUGCGAGCAGAUCCGUGGCGUUAUCAACGACGCUACCACCUCCGAGUACGAGAAGGAGAAGCUCCAGGAACGUCUGGCCAAGCUCUCUGGUGGUGUUGCCGUCAUCAAGGUCGGUGGCUCCUCCGAGGUUGAGGUCGGCGAGAAGAAGGACCGCAUUGUUGAUGCCCUGAACGCUACCCGUGCCGCCGUUGAGGAGGGUAUCCUGCCCGGUGGUGGUACUGGUCUCCUCAAGGCCUCUGCCAACGCUCUCGGCAACGUCAAGGCUGCCAACUUCGACCAGCAGCUCGGUAUCACCAUUGUCAAGAACGCCAUCACCCACCCCGCCCGCAAGAUCGUCGAGAACGCCGGUGCUGAGGGCUCCGUCAUUGUUGGCAAGCUCAUUGACGAGUACAAGGGCGACUUCAACAAGGGAUUCAACAGCGCCAAGGGCGAGUACGUUGACAUGAUCGCUGCUGGUAUCCUUGACCCCUUCAAGGUUGUCCGCACUGCUCUCGUUGACGCCAGCGGUGUUGCCUCGCUUCUUGGUACUACUGAGGUCGCCAUUGUUGAGGCACCCGAGGAGAAGUCUGGUCCUCCAGGCGGCAUGCCUGGCGGUAUGGGAGUUUUCUCUAUUGACGCUCAAUCCGGUGUCUCCGUCUCCCCUGAGUGCAUCAGCACCUUCAACGAGCUUAAGCUUGGCAAGGACAUCAAGUGGAUCAUCUACAAGAUCAGCGACGACUGGAAGGAGAUUGUCGUCGAGGAGACUUCCAAGGAGGCCAACUUUGACGUCUUCCGUGAGAAGCUGCUCAACGCAAAGAGCAAGGACCGCCGCGGCAAGGAGGGCAUUGGUGGUCGCUACGCCGUUUUCGAUGUCCAGUACGAGCUUGACAAUGGCGAGGGCUCCAGGAGCAAGAUCACUUUCAUCAGCUGGACACCAGAUGAUGCGCCACAAUACCCCCGCAUGAUGUACUCGUCCUCCAAGGAAGCCAUCAAGCGCGCUCUGAACGGUCUCGCCGCCGAUAUCCAAGCCAACGACGCCGACGACAUCGAGUUCGAGAACAUCAAGAGCCGCGUCGCCAAGGGCCGUUAA